AUCAACACCACGUCGAGCCGCUCCCAUUCACCCCUCAGCACACCGAGUGCGCCGUUGCAUCCAUCAAUUGCACUCGACAUAUCCGCUGCCAUGGCCGAAAACAACCCCCAGCCCGUUGCGUCCAUCUCGCGUACCACUCGUCCCAUGAGCGAGGCUCUGCUCAACGAAAAGUGGGAUCGCUGCCUCUCCUCAAUGCUCAUCCGCUCGGGUCUCGGAGUCUCCUUCGGCGUCGUCUUCUCGGUCCUCCUCUUCAAGCGACGCGCAUGGCCCGCCUUUGUCGGUCUCGGUUUCGGUGCUGGAAGGGCAUGGGAAGAGUGCGACAACUCAUUCAAGCGAGCAGCAGCACCCUCGAAAGACGGCCUCCGCGUUAUCCGGCCAUAAACGACUCUUGACGUGCGAGCGGGAGACAUGGAUCGAUAUCGAUCGGUGUAGGUUUGGAGCUCUGCAUAGCAAAUGUGCAGUGUACAGUAGGACAUGGUAUAGACCAUCUGGGCAAUUUAAAGCUGUUCUUCUUGA